AGGAGUCCUGCGUCCUGCUCUGCUACUCGGGUAGUUCUAUCGCGUGGUGCGCGUCGUUCAAUCCCCAGCAGUUGCAACUCGACGUUCUCACACUCGCAGUACGAUCUCACGACGUUCUACUUGUGGGCCGUUUAAUCUGCCGUCGCUGGCGCGAUUUAAUUAUUACGUUGGUGUCACAGUUCUCUCGAAUAAUCGGAGCCGUUUCCGUGAAGUUAUGUGAUUUGGAAUACGAGUCUAUUAUACCUGAACAUUGAAAAGUGACAACGACGCUAAGAGGCAGAUCCUUCAUCGCUUCUAGCGACCAGCAAGCUGUCUACUCGCUACGGGUUCUCAAAUUAGCGGUUCAAAAUUGCUGCCAUGGGUCGCAAAAAAAUACAAAUAUCAAGAAUCACCGACGAACGGAAUCGGCAGGUAACUUUCAACAAGCGUAAGUUCGGAGUGAUGAAGAAAGCGUACGAAUUAUCGGUUCUCUGCGAUUGCGAAAUAGCUCUGAUUAUCUUUAGCAGCAGCAACAAGCUCUACCAGUAUGCCAGCACGGACAUGGACAAAGUUCUACUUAAGUAUACAGAAUACAACGAACCGCACGAGUCACUGACCAACAAAAAUAUUAUCGAGGCACUCAAUAAGAAGGAGCAUAAAAACGGAGUGAUGAGUCCCGACAGUCCUGAACCAGAAACCGAGUAUCAGUUGACUCCCCGCACCGAGGCCAAAUACAGCAAGAUUGAUGAGGAUUUUCAAAUGAUGCUACAAAGGAACCAGAUAAACGGACAAAGAGGAAGUAUGAGUUCUUCCAACUACUCUCAACCAGUAUCGGUACCAGUGAACAUAAGCUACAGCGAAUCGGGUCUUCUCCAAUCUAGUCCACAGAUGGCGCACACUAGUAUCAGCCCCCGGCCGUCUUCCUCCGAAACCGACUCGGUCUAUCCGAGCGGAGGAAUGUUGGAAAUGAGUAACGGCUAUCCAAAUUCGGCGUCUCCGAUGGGGGGCUCCCCAUCGCCCGGUCCCAGCCCAGGACCGGGCCUCAGUUCAUCCAAACAGCAUCCCAAGCAGCACUCUCCCGGACCACGAUCUAAUCUACGAGUAGUUAUACCGACACCUUUAGGCACAAGUAUUACGACAGAAGAGGUUUCAUAUACAGAAUUUUUGUUACAGCAUAAUCGAAUUCAAUCAACUCUUAACACUCCCGUUGUGGCGUUGCAGACUCCCGGCCUCUCCAACUACCCAGGCGCACUGACAUCAUUUGGUGCUCAGGACUUCAGCAUGGGGUCCGACAUUGGACUAGCGUCAAUGACCUGGGGCCAUCAGAUACCGACAUCACUGUCUCACAGCAACACAUGCUUACCGCACCUGGCAGUCUCUAGCAGCACUCCACCGCCGACGUCAUCAUCACCGAUCCCUGUCAAAAUAAAAAGUGAGCCGAUAUCACCACCCAGAGAACACCACCCCCACCUCAGCACAGCCGUCCACCACUCGCACGUUCAGACGCUGAAUUUGACACACAGUCAUCACCCACGACCUAGUUCUGCAGGUCACAUCACGCCUUCUCCUGGGAGCGUCACUCCCACGAACCUCCCUUCGCCUACAGGACCCAGCAGUGGGGCCGAGUAUGGGGACACGGUGCAAAUGCACAAACGGGCCAGGCUUACUGAUUGGCCGUCCUAGAGGAGUUCACCCUCCUUCCAGAGGUCUCGCUCUCACCUGCACAGUACACUAAGUGCCAUAGUGAUACAUUUAAGUGUGGAUGAAUAGAACUAACGUGUUUCUGUUUCAAUUGCCAAUUGUCAUCCAUGUGAUAAACUACGCGUUUUGUAGAGCAAUUAUUAAUAUUACUGAACUGAUUAUUUUAACAAUUUUAGUGAGGAGAUAAUUUUUUAGAGGGAGAGCGUAAGAUUUUUAUUAGGACGGUUAGUGUGGUGCGUGUGAUGUGGUUAAAAUCAUAAAAUGAAGUACUCUGCUAUAAAAUAAGAUCAGUAAAACAUUCAGCAGUUCUUCUAAAAUAAGUUGAUAACAGUUUUGCUUUUCUGGGUUUCUUUGAUUGGUCACUUUCAGGUUUUUCGGGAUGACUUUUGGCUUCACAAAUGCAACGACUACUUUCGAACUUUCAACGUGCAAAACUAGUCACUGUAAAACCAAAGUUUCAUUUGCACUGUGGAUAUGGUUAUAUAUUGUUAAACCAUGAUAACACUUUCUCCUUCUGUCUUUAUAUUCCUAGUUACGUUAACAAUUAGAGCACAGAAAUCCAUUUCAAGAGUUAUCCAUUGAUUUUGCUUUCAAAUGACCCUACAUUUAGUAAGGUUAUACUGUAUUGGACCGUUGAAGUUAAUUGAUACAGAAAACUGUUGUCAAUUUGAUUUCAGAUGAAAAGACAAAAGUGUUUGGUUUAAUUGUUCGUACUUUAUAUACGUGUGUCAAUGCAUACAGAUUGGAAUAUGUACGUUAUAUAAUUAUAUUUUCACCGUUUAUACAUACGUAUGUUAUAUGAAUAUAUGCUGACACCAACAUUUUGUUUCCAUCUGAAAAAACAUACAUAUAUAUUAUAGUGCCAUUAUUUUCAUGUUAUUAUUAGUGUCUUUUUUAUAAAUGUUUUUAGAGAAAUAGUAAAUUGUUUAAAAUGUACACUUGUUAUUUUAGCGAGCAUCCAUUAACAUUGAACUAUGCAGGACACUUCUUGUUAUAUAUCAUCAUUGUAUUGUGUCGUAUUGGUGCUUUUCCCAACCUGAUUGUGCAGUAGAAAGCAGUCAUGUCAGAAAAAACAAAAGAGUUCAUAAUAUAUAUGUAUUAAUAUCAUAAAGAAUGAUUCAGUUAUCAACAAAUAAUUUUCGUGAUGAAAUAACAAUUUUGGUAUUCUCUUUCUUCAGUAUAUUUGCCUAACGGCUUACUCUUGUGAAGUGACACGUUUUUGUUUUUUCUUCGAUAUGAUGUGCUAAUCUGAUUCUUUUAUGUCAUGAUCAAAUGUACUCUGCCCACUGGCUGUUAACAAAGGUAUGACUGGAACAUACCGAAAUUUUUUGGUAAAGUACUGCUUCCCAAGGAACCUAUAGUGUUCAUUGCUGUAGCCUUUUCAAUUUGUUUGUGAUUUCAGAGUACAUCUAUUCUGUAUAUUGACCUACACAAAGUAACUUAUAUAAAUAUAAAUCAUAAAUUUUAUUAUAUAUACAUAAUAUAUUUUACUACUGUUGUGUGCACAAACCUUGCACAUAGUAUAAAAGUUUAUUAUAGGUACUUCGCUUCUCUUUGAAAAUGCAACACCCAGUGAUAUUAGAGAAAUUGACGUGAAUUGAGUUAUUUAUUCAGAUUGGAAUAUCCUUGAACGUGACAUAAGAUAUCCCUCAGUGGAUUUGUAAUGGCUAUCCUUUAUUGU